CGCUCAAUCGACUGCAGAACCUACGUGAGUUGGAUCUUUCUUACAACCAAUUUGAUGGCAAUUUCUCAUUUUCUUCCUUUGGUAAUCUUUCAAAGCUAGAAUAUAUCGACUUGUCAAACAAUGAGAAAUUAUUUAUACAUCUUGAUAGUGGGAAGUUUGUUCCAUCCUUGCAGUUGCGGUUUCUUAUCUUGUCACAUUGUAACCUUGAUGUGAACUCCCUUGCAACACCAGCUUUUCUUGCUUCUCAAUUCAAGUUAGAAGCUCUUGAUCUUUCUCACAAUAACUUGACAGGAAAUUUUCCCAUUUGGUUGUUCGAAAAUUUGACUAGACUGACAUAUCUCAACUUGAGAAAUAACUCAAUAGAGGGUGCAUUUCAAUUCCCAAAUCAUCUGAAUGCAACCAUGCUCUUACUUGAUCUCUUUAUGAAUUUCCUCAGUGGAUCGAUCCCUACAAACAUCGGCACAAUAUUUCCACAUAUGGCGGCCCUGUAUUUGUCCUCAAAUCAUCUAACUGGAAAUAUUCCUUCAUCAUUAGGUAACAUGAGUAAUUUGCGACACUUGGAUUUGUCCAAUAAUCUUUUAUCCGGUGAAGUACCAAAUGCCCUGAUGAUUGAUUGCCCUAACUUGUCCUUCUUGAACCUUUCCAACAACAACUUACAUGGGAAGGUUUAUGGUACAAAUCGUGGUCAUGUUUCCCUUGAAGUUGUUGAUCUUCAUAGAAACAAGUUUAGUGGAACAUUGCCCAGCAAUCUGUCGGGCUACCAGCAACUACGGGUAUUGGAUGUCCACAAUAACCAAUUAUCGGGUCUGGCUCCAGAGAGUGAAGGACUUGUUUCCGAUCUAUUGAUCCUCAACCUCGCAGGAAAUCAUUUCCAUGGCCAAAUACCACAUCAUCUAUGUAAUCUAUCAAUGCUUGAAGCAUUAGACUUGUCCAAUAACAGCUUCUCUGGGUCAUUACCUCAUUGCUUGCAAUCAUCCAAUUUAGCACUUCUCAAGAUUUCUGGGAACGAUUUAACAGGCACAAUUCCAACUGGCUAUUUCAAUAUUUCAUCCCUUGCAUCAUUGGAUCUCAGCAAUAACCAACUUUCAGGCAAACUACCGAGUCAGAUAAGAGACCAAAUGCCUUUGGGGAUUCUUGUUCUCCGUGGAAAUUCACUUGAAGGCUCAAUACCAAUGGUGUUAUGCAAGCUGUCGUCUUUACAUGUUCUGGAUCUUUCCCGAAAUAAUCUUUCGGGAUCAAUACCUUCUUGCUUUAGCAAAAUGAACUUCAGGAUAUUUAAUUUGACAGAUGAACAUUUGCCUCUAGAUGGAUUUAUCUUGGAAUUUAACAUUUUUCUAGGGACAUAUCUGACGACUACAGGAAGUGUAUCACACUUGGAUGAGUUAGCGAUGGGAAUCCUUCCUGAUGUCAACAUAGACCUCGUCACCAAAGGCACCUUAUACACCUACACAAACGAUAAGUUGCUUCCAUCUACAAUUGAUUUGUCAGAAAACAAGUUGACAGGAAACAUCCCAUCAGAAAUUGGAAAUCUAGAUGAGCUUGUACAAUUGAAUCUAUCACACAAUCAGCUUACAGGUCCAAUCCCUGAAACUUUAUCAAAACUCCGUCAGAUUGAGAGCUUGGAUAUAUCACACAAUCAGUUGAGUGGUAUGAUACCCUGGCAAUUGACUCAACUAACGUUCUUGGAGUUCUUCUCUGUUGCUUACAAUAACUUAUCUGGAUGCACACCGGAUUUGAAAUACCAGUUUGCCACAUUUAAUAUGAGUAGCUAUGAAGGUAAUAUUGGAUUGCAUGGGCCGCCACUGGAGAACACUCGCACCUCUGACUCAAAUCCAACUGUUAAAGUAGAGGAAAACCAAGAUGAUAGCGGUGUGGAUGAUGUCAUCUUCUUUGAAAUAGUUGCGGCUUCAUUUGUGGUUGGCUUCUACGGUUGUAUUGCUUUCUUGUUAUUUCAUCCCAUUGGGCAGCACAUUCGCAGUAUAUUGGAUGGUUACGUGGACUCCUUGACUGAAAGGUUCUUAAUGGCAGCACAGAAGCAGACUUGCAUGCAGCCAAAUCGCAAGUGA